AUGCCUUCAUCCUCCGAUUACCUACACCCUCACGACCGCACCAGCAUCGACUCCGACGAUGACCUUGACCUGGAAGAGUUGGAUCCAUCAUCCGCAUUUCACGCCUCGCGCUUAUCGAGAGACGAACCGACCCCUCAACGAAGCCAUGGUCCCGGUAUAGCACUUCGAAAUCUGCGUGUUGGCGCCGGAAAUCGACUAUGGAAGCGGAGUAUGUCGGGGACACACGGGGAGGACACGGCUGGCCUACUUGACGAUCGUGAUGACGAGGGAGGACUCCGAGACUCUAACGGAAGCUCUCGUCCUUACGCUGACGAUGACGAUCCUCUCCUUGAGCGCCGGAGGAGCUCCGCCCGCUCUCUCGCCGACGGUGUACGCACGCCACAACGCAGAUCACGCCUGGGCUGGUUGAAGCCGAGUGCCUUGUUCAGACUCUCCGGCGGUCCAUCAAGGGGUGGAAACAACGAGAACGCGAUCAAGCCUCCGAGAGACGUCCUCGUUGGACAAGCGCAACGAGCGAAAUACCCGCCCAAUGUUGUCUCGAACGCGAAAUACACACCCUGGAGCUUCCUCCCCCGCACGCUUUACAACGAAUUCUCUUUCUUCUUCAACAUAUAUUUUCUGCUUGUUGCGCUGUCGCAGAUUAUACCCGUGCUGCGGAUAGGUUAUAUGUCUACUUAUAUUGCGCCUUUGGCUUUUGUGGUAUCUAUAUCCUUGGGAAAGGAGGCGUUGGAUGAUAUUGCAAGGCGGAGGAGGGAUGCAGAGGCGAACGCGGAAGAGUUCUCUGUACUUGCCUUGGAUAAAAGCGGUGGAAGUAGGGCGUUCCCGGUCGCCGAGGACACGCAUUCGCAUGGCGAGAACGUACCCGUCAUCGUCAAGAAAUCUCGAGACCUGAAAGUUGGCGACGUUUUGAAAGUCAGAAAGAAUCAGCGUCUUCCCGCUGAUGUCGUGAUACUGAAGAGUGUGUCUAAUGAUGCUACAGCGGCUCGAGAGAGUAUGGAGAGAGCGAGAUCCGCAGAAAUUGACCGUUCGAACAACGCAUCGUCUUCGGCUGCGCCUGACCAGGAUUUAGAAGCCAGCACUACCAUAGAUGAAGCCAAUACGUCUUCUACCAGUGAUACUUUCAUUCGGACGGAUCAGCUGGACGGUGAGACGGACUGGAAACUGCGUCUACCAUCUCCUCUGUCCCAGUCUCUCACACUUGCGGAUUUCACAAGGCUGAAGAUCACUGCAAGUGGACCAGACAAACGGGUCAACGAAUUCGUUGGCAACAUUGAGCUUAUGCCACCAUCAGGUUUCUACGAUCCUCAUGUGGAUAAGACGGAUGACAGAAGUGAUUAUGACAACGAGGCCGCGCAGAACAGUUCAGCACCACUUUCCAUCGAUAACACCGCCUGGGCCAACACUGUCCUGGCCUCGAACACAAUCACGUACGCCGCCAUCAUUUAUACUGGUUCACAAACCAGGGCAGCUCUUUCUACAUCACCUUCUCGGUCCAAGGUAGGACUGCUGGAAUAUGAGAUCAAUAACUUGACGAAAAUUCUUUGUAUCCUCACGUUGACUCUGUCAAUUAUUCUCGUCGCUCUGGAAGGAUUUCAACCAACGAACGAUAAAGUGUGGUACGUCGCCAUAAUGAUCUACCUCAUUCUCUUCUCGACAAUCAUCCCCAUGAGUCUGCGUGUCAAUCUAGACAUGGCGAAGUCUGUCUAUGGCCGGUUCAUCGAGAGAGAUAAAGAUAUCCCGGGCACUGUUGUUCGGACGAGCACAAUCCCUGAAGACCUUGGGCGGAUAGAGUAUCUUCUUUCAGACAAAACGGGCACUUUGACCCAAAAUGAAAUGGAGCUGAAGAAGAUCCACGUUGGCACCGUUUCUUACGCGAAUGACGCAAUGGAAGAAGUGGCUUCAUUUGUCCGGCAAAGCUUCGCUGGGAAUUCUCUGACAACCGCUUCCGCCGCAUUUGGAACCCAAGCAGGUCUUGGAGCGGCUCCUCGCACGAGAAGGGAAAUUGGAUCGCGUGUCAGGGAUAUCGUGCUGGCUCUCGCCUUGUGCCACAAUGUCACUCCCACUGUCGACGAAGAGGAUGGUAUUAAAGUAACAAGCUAUCAAGCUUCAUCGCCUGACGAAAUCGCAAUUGUACGAUACACAGAAGAAGUCGGACUGAAGGUCUCUUAUCGUGACCGCCAGACGAUAGUCCUCGAGUCGACCGACACCGGCAAUGUUGUUGUGCGCGUGCGUAUCCUCGAUAUCUUUCCAUUCACGUCGGAAAGCAAGAGGAUGGGAAUCAUCGUGCAGUUCGAGACGGAAAAGGGCAUCCUUGACUCGCCAACUGAGGAGGAUGAAAUCUGGUUCUACCAAAAGGGAGCAGACACGGUCAUGACUUCGAUUGUUGCGGCCAACGACUGGUUGGAUGAGGAGACGGCUAACAUGGCUCGGGAAGGCUUGCGAACAUUGGUUGUGGGACGGAAACGACUCUCAUCCCUGCAGUAUCAGGAGUUCGCCAGUAAGUACAAACAGGCGUCUCUUUCUCUUCAAGGACGAGAUAUUGGAAUGGCCAAGGUUGUCAGUGAGUAUCUUGAGCACGACCUGGAGCUCCUCGGCGUUACGGGUGUGGAAGACCGUCUUCAAAGAGACGUUAAGCCUUCGCUUGAACUUCUUCGCAAUGCCGGCGUCAAGAUCUGGAUGUUGACUGGUGACAAGGUGGAGACCGCGCGAUGCGUUGCCAUUUCCGCCAAACUCGUGGCCCGUGGUCAGUAUAUUCACACAGUUGCCAAGCUCAAGGACAAGUCGGCUGCCCAAGAAACCCUCGACUUCCUACGCAACAAAACCGACUGCUGCUUGCUCAUUGACGGCGAAUCCUUGGCUCUCAUGCUCAAUCAGUUCCGAACACCAUUCAUUUCCGUGGCCGUUCUCCUGCCUGCUGUAAUCGCGUGUCGCUGCUCUCCGACCCAGAAAGCUGAAGUGGCUGAUUUGAUUCGCCAUCACACCAAAAAACGUGUCUGCUGCAUUGGAGAUGGUGGCAACGAUGUAUCCAUGAUCCAAGCGGCUGAUGUGGGAAUCGGUAUUGUUGGAAAGGAGGGUCGUCAGGCGUCUCUCGCUGCUGAUUUCAGUAUCACGCAGUUUCACCAUAUCACGAAGCUGCUGGUCUGGCAUGGGCGUAACUCCUACAAACGCUCAGCCAAACUGGCGCAGUUUAUCAUGCACCGUGGUCUGAUCAUUAGUGCAUGUCAGACCAUGUACAGCAUUGCAAGCCACUUCGAUCCGAAGGGUUUAUUUAUCAACUGGCUUAUGGUCGGGUACGCAACUGUCUACACAAAUGCCCCUGUAUUUUCCCUCGUCCUUGACCGCGACGUUGAUGAGCAUCUGGCAAACCUUUAUCCAGAAUUAUACAAGGAGCUCAAGACAGGUCGCAGCUUGAGCUACCGAUCUUUCUUCACUUGGGUUCUGGUAUCCGUUUAUCAAGGCGCCGUUAUCCAGGGUCUAUCCCAGGUCCUCCUGGAUACCAUCACUGGGCCGCGACUUAUCAGCGUCUCGUUCACGGCACUUGUCAUCAACGAACUUCUCAUGGUGGCCAUUGCAAUAACGACCUGGCAUCCGGUGAUGAUCUUCUGUCUCCUUGGCACUGCACUGGUCUACGCUGCUAGCAUCCCCUUCCUCGGGGAGUACUUUGAUCUGCAAUAUGUGAUUACAGUAGCCUGGGUCUGGCGUGUCGCGGCUGUGGCUGCUGUUGCCAUUAUCCCUGUCUGGGCUGGAAAGCUGAUCAAGCAAUCGUGGAGUCCGCCAAGCUACCGUAAGGUGCGAGGUUAG